AUGUCCCUUCCUUUUAUUGCAGCUUGGAACGUUAGAGGGUUUAACAACCCUAUUAAGGUCAAGCAUUGCAAAGACCUUAUUUCUGCUUUCAAUCUUAAGCUUCUCUGUAUUUUAGAAGCCAAAAUCCAUGAUGCUGCUUUGUUUGAUCCCUGGUUGUCUGCUAAUUCUGACCUUCCAUGGAUCAUCAUGGGAGACUUCAAUUGUUAUAGAAAUGAUACUGAAAAAGCUGGAGGAACCAAUUUGUCUACGGACCGUUUGGGUGAAUUGAAUAACUUUAUUUUUGAAGCUGGCAUUCAAGAUCUGGCUUCGGUGGGGUUUUUCUAUACUUGGUUUAAUCAAAGAGUGGACUUACCUAUUCAUAUCAAGCUUGACAGGAUGAUGGUUAAUACUAAAUUCUUGGAAGCCUUUCCUAAAGCUUACUGCAAGGUCCACUCCUUCUCUGGUUCAGAUCAUACACCGCUUAUUCUCUAUAAUUCUAUCUCUAGAAAGCUUCCUUCUAGAUUUAUGUUUAAAGAUUACUGGACUAAGAUUGAUAAUUUCUGGAUGGAGACUCAAAUGAUUUUUGAAAGGGCUCCUACGGCUAGCCCGAUUGCUUUCUUCUUGGAGAGUUUGAAACUUCUUAAACUAGCUAUUAGUAAAUAUAAAUGGCUUAGGCAGAAGAGAUUUCCUGAGAACUUUGUGAAGUGGAUUCAUGGUUGUAUUUCAGAUGUGCAUUUUUCUAUUAACCUCAAUGAGGUUUUGGAGGGGUUUUUCAAUUCUUCCUCUGGGCUGAGACAAGGUUGUCCGUUAUCUCCUUUGCUUUUCUGUAUUGUCAUGGAUGCUCUUUCCCUUUCCCUUGAAUCUGGUAAUGGCAAACCUUUUAUUGGGCUUACAAAAGAGAACUUUAAUUGCAGCCACCUUAUGUUUGUUGAUGACCUUUUAGUGUUUGGGCUUGCUUCUAUUGAUAAUGCCAAGAACUUAUCUGAUGUUCUUCUUGCCUUUGGGAGGGCCUCGGGUCUUCAUGUUAACACUAAAAAAAGCUCCAUUAUUUUCCCUAGAAAUUUCCAUUUGGCUGAUCAGAUUUCUAAUGCCUUAGGGAUCACUCAAGUCGAGAGCUCCAUUGUUUACCUUGUUCUUCCUAUUUCUUCCUCCAGACUCAAAUUUUCUCACUUCCAACCCCUUCUGAGUAGGCUUUCUACUCUACUUGCGGGUUGGAAAGUUAAAUUUCUUUCUUUUGCAGGUAGAAUCCAAUACUUGAAGUUCACUAUUGCAAAUACUAUAGCUUAUUGGAUUCGUGGUGCUAUUAUACCGAAAGCUUGCUGCAAACUUAUCAAUCGAAUGUGUUCUAGAUUUCUUUUCUUUGGUAACUCUUUGGAAAAGAAAUUACAUAUGGUGGCUUGGAAAUGGGUUGCUAGACCCAAAAUUAAAGAUGGCUUGGGUCUUGCUUCUUUUGAAUCUAUUUAUCACAACAUGGCUUGUUCCUUCAUCAUGAGAAUGUAUAAUAACUAUAGCCUGAUUGGCUCUUGGUAUAGAGCUUUCUAUGGCUCGGUUUGGAAAUCACCGCCAGCUUCUGCUUCUCAGUUCAGGAAACUUUUUUGCCGCACGGCUGAUUGCAUUUCUUCUGUUAUCUCCUUAUAUGUGAAGCAAAAUAGUAACCUCUCUUUUCUUUGGAACCCGUGGUGUGAUAGUAAACCUUUAGCUGAUAAGUUUUACUCCCCCUAUUACACUCAUUCUAAGGUUAAGAACUUCAUUCUUAAUAAUAAUUGGGUUAUUCCUGAUUGUAUCCCCAUUGAGGUGAAAGACAGUAUUGUUAAGACGGUUAUUGACGAGGAUUGUAAACCAUCUAUUCUUUGGCAAUAUAAACAAAAUCCUAUAUCCAUAAACUUUUUAGAUUUGUUUCAUGCUAACUUGGAGGAUGUUGCUUGGAAUAAAUUCAUUUGGCAUAAAGGUUUUGCUCUGCGUUUUGCUUGCUUCACUUGGAUGGCCUUGUUAGGGAAGUUAAAAACUGCUGAUAAUCUCAUUUCUAAGGGUAUUCAAGUUAAUGCUGGUUGUAUUUUUUGCUCGGGCCACUUGGAAUCACAUUCUCAUGUUUUCUUUGAAUGUGAUUACUCAUUCUCUAUUAUGACUGGACUGUUUCCCUGCAUGAAUACCUUCUACUUAAGGCCUAAUAUUAUGCAGACUUUUGAUUUCUUGAGCAACAUCAGAUCUCAUGUGAAAAAUGAAUGCAAUUUAUGUUAUAUUACUGUUGCUGCCAUGGUUUAUUUCAUUUGGCGUGAAAGGAAUAGAAGAAGGUUUUCUGGUGACUGGAUUAGCCCAAACGAUCUUAAAAUGACUAUCAUUCAUGCUAUUUUGGCUAAAGUUCAAAACUGGAAAAAUUUGGAUAAAAUUAAGCCUAAGUUUUUGGAAAUUCUUGGCUGA